ACCGCCCCUUCUCCCGCCACUCGUCCUGUCUCUCCGAUGCAGCAGCAUGGCGCGUCUCAAUACCCACCCCUCCGCAACCCCGCAAUACAGUCGCUCGGCCACCGUGGAUUCACUCUACGCGGACCCCCCGCCCGGCGCGCGUCUCAAUGCAGGCAGCGCAGCACGACAGUCCUCAUAUUCCGUCAUGAGCCCCGCGCAGUCCAUGAACUCGGAUAAGGAGAACGAAAUCCCGGAAUCGCGCCAAAUGACGCCCCGUCCGACAAGUAAAGGCAGGAGAAUGGCUGGUGGGCGCCCACAGCGUCUGCCUACCCCUGUGUCGGGCUCGUCUUCGUCAUCAGGGAACGCGAACAAGCGCCGCCGGACCGGCGACUACAGCAUGGGCGAGUCAGACAUCUACGAAGACGGGGACGAUGGUGAUGGCCCGCAGACGUACGAGGACGAGGAGGAACAAGAUGAGCAAGGCCUGCCGACCCCCAAUGACGACGAAGAGGACGAAGAGGAGGGAGGGUCGCGAUACUACAACCCGCACCAGGAUCCCGAAAAGCGCCGAAUAUUGCGCGCUAGCAUUCGCAAUCACCAUCGCGAGAUGGAAGACAACCGCGACGACCUGAUCCGGCCGGAGAGCGGCGCCUUAGCGGAUGCUAUCGUACGUCAGAACCACUUGAUGAGCAAGGUUCGGCAGACUGGCGAUGCCACUUUGGAUUCGCGCGUCCUGGUACUGGCGAGCGAUUACGCAGCCAAGAAGCUGAAUGCCAGUCUGCAUGGAAACGUUGGUGUCGGUGUCGACGUUGAUCAAUUUGUAUCGCGGUGUAUCUUCUUCAUGAAGGAGGGCAGACCAGCGGGUUCGAAAGAAGUUGCCUCCACGCAGGCACCCCGCCGGCGACAGCCGGUGCCCGAAGACGAAGAAGACGAGGAAAAUAACGGGGAGGGUCUGGAUUGGGCCCUUCUGGGAAGAUAUGCUUGUUUUCCGAACAACAAGCGGCCCCCCGUAUCGAGCUUCCUUCUAGGGCCGCUCUCCGUUCAGAAGCGCGCCCGAUUGCAGACCCGCCGUGCAAGAGCCCAGCGACAACCGCUGGGACCGGCUACGCGCCCCCAAGAACUCAGACACGAGGACAUAAUUCAAUCCGAAAACUCCAACCUGACGAACCUUGUAAAGGGCAUCAAGACGCGACUGCAACAGCACAUCAACGACGGCGAGGUCCAAAUCGAAGAAGAGCUUAAAGCGUACCCAAACUAUGACGAUGAGGACGUCAGCGCGGCCUGCAAACGCUACCGCGUCUACCAGACGCCUGAGGGCGAAGCGGCGGUCUCCUUGUUUGACUUCGCCAUCAAUCCCCGUUCAUUCGGGCAGACCGUGGAGAAUCUCUUCUACAUUAGCUUCCUCAUCCGUGAAGGGGCUGCCAAGGUUUUGACCGACGCAGAUGAACUCCCGCUGUUGGUGCCCGAGGAGCCGCGGAAUCUUCAACAGCAACGAGAACUGCACGUUGAGAAACAUCAGGCAAUUUUUAGCCUUGAUUGGCCGACCUGGAAGACUUUGAUUAAAGCCUUCGACAUCAAGGUGCCGCUUAUUCCUCACCGUGUCCCAGACGAAACCAACGUCACCGCCGGAGGCUGGUACGGCUAGAGCACCGCUCUCCAGCUCAUUGAUGCCAUCCAUUCUCGGUCACCCAUUCUUGCGCUAGUAAGAAGCGGUUUUGUACGACAACACGUAUCGUGGACGAUGUGCCGGCACGGGCAUCCUUCCUAGCAUAUAUCUUUACUAAUCUUAAUGGCGUUCGGAUCUGGUAUAGCGUUGAGGGAAAAGCGGCGGUAAUUUUGCGCUCAUCACUUUUUCGCACACGAGUUAUUUUGCGCUUCUCCAAGACUUUCAGCAUGGUUUAUCUAGAAUUCGAUACCCCGGACCUCUCUCGUCAUUUGGUAGCAGUAUCCUGCCUCUCCGCCUAUAAGAACCAAUGGGCAACAGUAUGUCAAUAAAGUCGAG